AUACUGGUUUGGUCUAUUGGCACUGUUAUUAUUUACUUAGUGCCUAGUGUUUGAGUUAGUGUUUACAUGUUUAAAGAAGACGUAGGACGCUUUGUGUUAGUGUUUACUAACUGCUAAGUCACAUGCUGUGUUUAAUCAUUUAUUUUAUUUCAUAUAAUAUAGGCCCAUUUGAGUGGAUUAAAAAUGAGCCUUUUUCAAAAAGUAAGUUUUCAUUAUUCAUACUCAAACUAAUCAACUUCGACUUCUAUCAGUACUCACUAAGAGUAGGCAGUAGGCUUCAGCACUAGGCAGACCUAAGCAACAGCCUAACUAAACUAACUUAUACUAACUAUAAUUUAUAUUCUUAAACUUUAUGAUUAUUAAAGUCAUUCUGAAUUUAAGCCUAGCCUAGACUAAAACUAAAAGCCUAAGAAUGAGUAAUUAGGUAGGCCUUAGGCCUACUAAGUUAUCAUUUAUUUUCAAUAAUUUAUCCCAUCUUAAUCAAAGUUAAGUUAUAUUUAUAUCUUAUGUCUUAUGUUUAAUAAGUGUUGUAUAAGUAUUACUAAGAAUUCUGACUUGAUUUUGGUCUUGUCUUGUUGAGAACGUAAUCAAUACUAUGCCUAUGCUGAUGACACUAUUUAAUUUAUCAAUUUAUUGAUCAUUUUGGCUCCUAUGCAUCUAGAGGGGAUUUGCAAUGUUUCUGUUCCUGGUGUUGAUGAGGAAAUUUCACUGAAUUUCCAGUGCCACUUUGUGAGGGAAUCAUGCACUAGGGGUUUAAGGCUUGAGGCAAUAGACACAAAUGUGUCUAGUGUUGUCGCCUCAACUGUUCCUUUUGAAAGCUUGUUCCAGUCCCUGAUUGUCUUGGGCAGGAAUGAGCAGCUCCUAUACUGGCUUCUUGCUGGUAUGAGCAUGAAUUGCCUGUCAUGGCCUCGUGGCUGUCUAUGAGGGAGAGGGACGAGUUUCUGUUUAAUACUGGAACAGUGGACCAGCCCAUUAUUUAUCUUGUACAUCAUGGAGAGCCUGGAUUGUCGUCGUUGUUCCUCCAAUGGUGACCUCCAGCAUGCUGCCAACACUAGAGGUAUUCCUGUAGCGGUUUAGGACAAAGCGUAUGAUGAUUAUGAUGUCAAUUAAGCCAAUGAUUGAGGAGUGUAGCCUAGAACUUACUACAAAAAAUGAUGUUAGGGGCCAUCCAUAAAUGAAAAUGACGUCACGCGUCUAGGGGGGGAGGGGGGCAGAUUUUUGUGACGAGGGGGGGGGGGGCUCAAGCAAUGUGACGUCACAUGAAAAGCGGAAUAAUGUAGUAAAGAAUUUCACUUCAUAACCCUAAAUUACAGAAUCUUUAACAUUAUUCUUUUAUACAACAAUUAUAAUUAUUUUAUUUUUAAACUACUAUCACUGAGAAAAUCAGUACAGGUAUGCGAGGUCCGAAAAAUGACCUCUGAUCAAGUUACAGAAUGCCAUGGUGGAGGAGAAUUGGGAUGUAGUUACAAUGACAGUACUGAGAAUUUAUGGCUAAAUGUGGACACGGCACGGGAGUCAUAGAAUUUGGUCUAUCAUGUGAAGGGGGGGGAAAAAAAAAAAAAAAGGGUGGUGGGGGGGGGGGGGGUUAUCUUAUUAAAUACUCCAGGGCAGGGAUUCUUCUUCUUUAUUUUGAGGGCCCACGAUCAAUCAAUUGAUCAUUCUGGCUCCUAUGUUUCUUAAGCUUUGCAGCGCUGAAGGCCCACUCCGUUUUAAACAUCACUUCGGCCCCAACCGUAUAAAUUAUAUUGUAAUAAAAUUAAAACAAAUGAAAUACAUAAGUUAUCGUAGUUUUAUUUCUUUUAUUCAUUUUUUAUAAACAAGGGCAAAAUUUACGAAUACAAGCAAUGCGCCAAUAAAAUUCACCAGAAAAACAUUUACUACUGCUAAUCAAAAUGCAUAAAAACUCAUUUUUUAUUUUACAUAAGAGCAGCAACAACUAGCAAUGGCAGCAAGUACAAUCAGUGGCGUAGCUAGGGUUGGUGUCACCCGGUAUGGAAAGCUCGUGGUGUUGUCCCGUCCCCCCCCCCCCAUUCUACGAUGGAAUUCUUCUUGUUAAACUUAGUCCACGGUAUAACAAAUACAAAAACAAACAAAACUUUAUUUAAGGUCAUGAUAAAUUCACCAGAAAAACAUUUACUACUGCUAAACAAAAUUCAUAAAAACUCAUUUUUUAUUUUACAUAAGAGCAGCCACAACUAGCAAUGGCAGCAAGUACAAUCAGUGGCGUAGCUAGGGUUGGUGUCACCCGGUAUGGAAAGCUCGUGGUGUUGUCCCGUCCCCCCCCCCCCAUUCUACGAUGUAAUUCUUCUUGUUAAACUUAGUCCACGGUAUAACAAAUACAAGAACAAACAAAAAUUUAUUUAAGGUCAGGAGGUAAAUGUAUUUAAGAACUGUGACAUGUACUUAGUAUCGCCCACUGUUAUCAAAAGAUAGCUUUAAUUCUCAGAAUUUAGAUAAAUAUAGCUUCCUGUCACUUACAAAAGUUACUGAACACUUCAUUCGGCGUUGAAUCAUGGUCAAAACGGUGUGUUUCUGACCUAAAAUAAGGUAACCUAAUUGCUGACGCACCAACCUUCAAAUUUUAAUAAAACACGCAUUUCGAUUGGUUACUUGGGUGGAAAAUGUACAUGUCAUCUGUUAUCCUUUUAUGAAUUUCUGUUGGACCGAGUAGUGUGUGCUCAGUAAAUAAGCAAAUUUUCAAUUUGGUGUCACCCCCAGAGAUUGUGUCACCCGGUGCGGUCCACACCCCCUACCUACUGAAUACAAUUUUCUGGUCUAUCACACCUCAGAGCUGGGGAGGUACUUUUACCUCUGGUUAAGAACCACUGCUCUACUGAAAUGUUUAUGACACAGGUGCAUGAUUUGAUAUCCAUGGGAGGUGACUUUCUUAAGCAUUUGUAAAGGACAGUAGUGGAAACAGGGACUUUUUAUGGGGGAGGUAAAUUUGUGAUGUUAUAUUUGAGGGGGGUCUAACUUUUUAUGAAAAUUUGUGACAAUUGGGGGAGGGGGGGUCAAAAUUCGACAAAAUUUACGUGACAUCAUUUAUGGAUGGCCCCUUAUGCAAGACAAUUUACAAUAUAUUUAUUUUAUUAUUAGUCGUCUUAUAUAGCGCGGUAUCCCAGCUGGGUCACGGCGCUGUACAUAAAGAUUUUAGCAAAAGAAACAAUCGUGACAUUAAAAUAACAUACAUUUAUGUAAUAAAGAACAGCUGUAUCACAACAAAACAAAAACAAAUGUUGUGACCAACCACUUUGUCAAGAGUAAAGAUUAACUUCCUCAAGUAGAUAAAUGUGAAAUCGCAGAAAGCAUGUAAAAGACCUUGUGCUGUAGUCCAUAUUGGUCUUAUUUUAAAUGCCUUUUCAAAAGCAUGUUCCACCAAGUGACAGCGCUUUUGCACGAGAAGCUCUGUCACUUGGUGGAACAUGCUUUGGAAAAGGCAUUUAAAAUCAGACCAAUAUGGAAUUUUGGUAAAGAGAAGAUUAAGGUUUAAGAAGAGAAUUGCAGGAGAACAAUUAAAUUAAUGCUGUACUCUCUCUAUGAAAAGAAAAUGGUAGGCAGAUGCUGGAGUGUAUUGAUCACUUUCAUUCUGGACCCCAGAUAGAUCAUCAGCGAUCAAGGAAGUUGCAGAUAUGUUAAAGGAUGUUCAACUCAAGACUCUUCUUACUAUCAGCAAGUGUGGAAGAGUUAUUGGUGUUUGUUCCAAAAUUAACCUAUUUCUAUGAUGUGUUAUCAAAAGAUUAACUUUUAAAAGAAAUACCAAGACUUAGAAAACACCUAAUAACAGCUGAUACAGAAUUUUACAAAGUCAUGGACUUGUCAGUAUUGGAUGUUUUGAAAUUCAUUGCUGAAUGGGAUUUCCUAAUACUAAUACUCUCGCUAAGUCUUCAAUUGUUUCUAUACGAUCUGUGUGUCUGUGGCUUUAUGUGAGCAGAGCUUUUCAAAACUAAGGCUUAUCAAGAACUAUUUAGGAUCCACCAUGGGACAGUCAAGGCUUUCUGAUCUGGCUCUACUAUCAAUUGAAAGUGAUACCGUGAAGGAUAUUGAUUUUGAUCAAGUGAUUGACAGGUUUACAGCUUUGAAGACCAGGAAAGGAAAAAUUUAAAUUAAAAAGUUAAAUAUAAAAAUAACUAUAACUUAAUGUUGUUACUGUUUUUGUUCUUGUCAAUGUUACACUGUGUACUUAUUUUAACAAGAAGAAAUCCCUUGUGGAAAGGUGGGGGGGGGGGAGAGUGUGUGUGUGUUGACACCAGGAGUUUGAGUUUAUGCACCAGAUGACACCAAGCCUAGCUAUGCCACUGAUCAAAGCAAAAAAAAAAGGGAGACAAAUGGUGGUGGCUAAAAAUAAGCUUACACAUGUGUCAUAACAAUCUUCAUUAGCUAAGUUUGUCUGUCAGUGUAUUUUUGCUGUUGAGGCUUCUUUAGACCUGUUUACUCUUACGACUUAGGCAUACAAUGCACGAUUUUGAAAUGUACACAUUAUAUAUAAUGCACUUUUUUUUUCUAUAAAGAGAAUGUAUUGAAUGAUUAUAGGAUGAUAUUGAUUUUAAGAGUAUGAGGGUAAACAGGUAUGCCUCUUAGCCAAAACAUCUGCUCUAUACCCUUUUUACUAGGUUACGCUGUCUGUUUGUUAGUUUGUGUGUGGUCAAAUCUUGCAUCUGAAUUUUGAACCAGUUCCUGAUCUCCAAUUGCCAUGAAAAUUUGUAGACUUUCCCACCCCCAAUGACCAUACAACCCUUCAUGAUCACUAGGUCACCAGUGACCUUUACGGAUAUCUUAGGAUUGGAAAGUGAUAGGAACAUAGGAUUUUCACUACAGCCUUCCCUUUUGCAUGGUUACUUAUUCCUGAUAAUAAUCAACAACAACUAAAUUUCAUAUUUCAAGUUCAAAAUAUUAUUACUAAGCAAAGUAUAUUGUGCAAAAAUAAUUGCCACUGAGAAAGCCUACAUUUUUGUUACAUUUAAAUUUCAGACGAUUCUUACGAUCUGACGAAUAUGCAUGCUUCUUAUAACUCUCUCUAAUGUUAGGUUAAAUAUCAUACAAGACAGUGAGUCUCCUUGUCUUCGGCCUAGUCUAAUCUUAAAUUGCAUUGAAUAUUCACUCUGAACCUUCAUUUUGCUUUUUUGAGUUGUUUAAUGUUAUAUUAAUCAGUCUUUUCAGUUUAUUGGGUAUGCCAAACUCCUGGACAUUCUCAUAUAGAUAUUUCCUUUGUUUGAUGCUGUAAAAGGCCAUUUUAUUGGCCACAUACAGUUGUCGCACUGGGAUAUGAUAUUUGGAACAUUUAUCAAAAAGGCAUCUGAUGGGGAAAAUAUGAUCAGUUUUUGAUCUGUUUUGUCUGAAUCCACCUUGGUAGUUACCUAGUAUUUGUUCAGUGUGUGUAUGUAGUCUCUUGGCAAUUAGUUUUGACAGUAUUGGGUAUGUUACAAUUAAUAUGGAAAUUCCUCUGUAGUUAGUGCAUUGAAGUUUGGACUCACUCUUGUGUAUUGGGCUUAUUAGUGCUGUUUCCCAUUCUGUUACUGUUGGAGUUUUCUCUCUUUAUCAGAUUUUAGUUAUAAGUUUGUGUAUCUGAGAGUGUAGUUCUCUCCCUCCAUAUUUAAUAAGUUCUGCUGUUAUGAGGUCUUCUCCUGGGGCUUUGUGGUUUUUCAUAGAUUUCAUUACCUCUGUAGUUUCAACCAAAGUUGGGGUUUUUAGUUGGAGGUCUGGUCCUCCAAAAGGUGGUUCAUAAUCUUUACCUUGUCAUUUUCUGAAUUUAACAUUUCCUCAAAAUAUUGGGCAAAACCUCUCCAGUGCUUUAUCAUAUCCAUUAAUUAAUUCUCCAUCUUUGCUAUUACACAUUUGAGGUCUGGCGUGGUAUGUACAGUACACAUGAUUGAAAGUUUAAUUUUUAAGCCUAUGGCAUAGAAAUGCAGAGUCAUUUUUUGUUGUCUUUUUGUGUAUGUGAACUGGAGAUAACAGGUUGUAAAACCCUUAUUAUUAUCACCCACUUAUUUUUACCAAUAACUAACGGGUAAAAACAUAUUAUGGAUAGGAUAGUUUAAAAACAUAUAAAUUUGUUGCAAAGGCUUUUGUUUAAACUCAUUUUGAAAACUAAUCACUUGAAAAUUCAAUUUAGGACCCAUACAUAAGAUUUGCCUGCUGUGUUACUCGUAUCUGACAUUUUAAUGAGUAACUGUAUAUAAAUUAAAAAUAGGCCAAUAGAAAGUAAAAAAUAUGUGCAUAAAUUUCACUUGUUUUCAGGCUUAUGCAUUUACAUUUAUGCAAAUUGAUCUUAGCUUAGCGGCCUUGAGCAGGUUAUAGCUGUAAAUACCUGAAAACUUAAUACUUCAAAGAUAUUUUAAUUCAAAAUUUUAUGUAAGCGCUCUGUCUUGAGUUUAGAACAGUUUGAAAAAAACUCUGUAUUGAAAGAAAAAUAGUCUUAGUAAUUUCAGUGUGAAUAUCUAGAUUUUAUCCAGGGAAGUAAAAAUAAUAAAUAGGAGCCCUAAAUAAUGAUGGCUAGAGUCUGACAGACACAAGGGCAAUCAAGGUAUAAAUUAGUUGGUGUCCUAUAAAAAAAAAAUUUCAAUGUUUCAUAAUGUGUUCUUUAAAAUUAAAUGAAUUUUUUGAAUUUUGUUCACUAUUUUGUAUCUUUGCAGUUGAAAAACAUGGCAGGACUGAAUAAGCACCAGGGAGAAAAUUCCAGACUUCUUGCUUCCAACAGAAAUGGGACCCAGCAACAUGGUUGUGGUAGCUUUAAUGGCACAACCAAUCCUGCAAAUUCAGAAGGUUAUGAGGAGCUUUUUAAAGACAGUGUGCCCUGCCCAUCAUGCAGAGGAUUAGGCAGAGUGCCUAAAGGUUCUGAGUAUCUAUAGUUUAUUUUUAAUUGUGAACAAAUUAAGAUACCUUGUAACGAUUUGUCCAUCAAAAUUUUUUCUGCAUCUGUUUUUUUAAUUAACAUUUUUGUGUGUUUUGUUUUAUAACUAACCUCUUGUUCUAUCCCAGAAUUAGCUGAAGUUUAUAAUUUCUUUCACUAUCUCCUGUAAUGAUUGUAUUGGUUAACCCAGUAAUUCUCAAGCUGGCUUGCAGGUGCACUAAAAAAUUAUUUAUUUUUUCAAUUUAAUAUACAGUGGUACCUCGAGAUAUCCGAGUUUAAUUCGUUCCGUAAAGUUGCUCGUAAGUCAAUUUGCUCGUAUCUCAAAGCAAUUUUCCCCAUUGAAAUAAAUAGAAAUGCCAUUAAUCUGUUCCAGCCCCCAAAAUCCCACCUCAGUUGUUUUUGUUACAUGUUUUUGAAUAAGAAAAAUAUAUUUAUAGAUGACAAAUAUUGUAUAAAACAUAAUAAAAGAGAAUGAAAAGAAAAAAACUGGUUUUUAUAAAGUGUAUUUACCUUUGAAAUCAGCCGACUUGAGCUUACGGAAGAUGCUGGCGGAGGUGUGGGGUGGAGGAGAUAGGCGAAGGAGCUUCACUUCGUUCACUUACUGGCCACACUGUUAACGCUAAACUCUUUCGGUCACUUAAAUUCACUUACUCGUUACACUCUUAAUGCUACACUUUAUCCAUAAACUUAUUGGAACUUAAACAAACUUCACUGAAAUUAAUUGAACUUAAAUGCCACUGUAAAAUUUUUUGUUACUUAAUUUUUAUCACUGCAGCCGGCCGGCCCGCUGUUUGAUACUUCUAUAUUCUGCUAGUAAGGCACCGUGAAAAAAUCCUGAUAUACAAAGAUUGUUAUAGGUUUUGACUACAUAUUAAAUGUGCUGUGUUUCUGUGUGACAUUAGUGAUCCCCCCUCUUUUAAGUACUUAGAAAGAAAAGAAGGUAUCUAAUUACCAGGUAAAUGGCAGAUCCCCUUAUUAUUGCAAUAACCAUAUUCAUCUCUCAUGGCAUAUUAUAAUGUAUUGACAAAAAACUGCAAUCAUAAAUUAAAUAUUGGUAUCCUUUGCUAUAACAAAACUCAAUAAACAAUAGUCAAUAGCUAAAAAUUUAUUACCUUUAUUAAUGUUUUAAAACUUAACUAAGAUUUAUAAGAAAAUUUAAAUCUAUUUUUUAUUAUACUCUGAUGUGUCUUGCUUCAGUUUUUUAGACUCAUUUUUCAAUUCAUUUGUUUUUUUACAGAACUUGAGAAUCAACUUGUAGCAUUAAUACCCAUGGGUGAUGGGAGACUGAAACCCAGAAGAACGUGAGUAUUGCUAAAACGUAGUCUACAUCUUUACAAUUGGUUUAAUUAUAAGAAAUAAUUUGAUUUUGACUCUUUCUAUCCCAUGAAAAUUUUACAAAGUUGAGCUAUUUAUUAUUUAUUUUUUUGUGUGGAGAAUUUUAUUUACUUGUACCCAAAAAUUGUAAUCAGUAAUACAAAUAAUUUUUAACUAGCAAAAAAAAAGACCCUGUCAUCACAUUUUAACUAAAAAGGAAGCAAAUGCCAUCUUUAUAAAAAAAUUACAUGCCUUUUAACUAAACUUAGAAUCAAGUUGUCAAUCCAUACUAUGUGUUCAAGAUCCAAGCUACAUUUAAGCAAUAGUGAAAUAAGAAAUAUUCGGUAGGAAGGCUAAAAAGUCUGCCACUCUUCAACUUACAAAUUUAUAAGUAUGCCACAUUUCAAUUAAUAAAUACAUAAGCUUGUCACUCUUAAGCUUAUAAAUUCAUAAGUUUUUCACACAAUUUAACUUAUUAUUCUUAAGUUUUACUAUUUAUUUUUGAACAUUUCUUCCUGUAUUUUAUACAAGCACCAAAGAAAAUCAGUACUCUCUGUCGUUUCAUUUUUAGGAUUCUUUAUGUGGUCAUUGCUGUAACUCUAUGUGUUGUUACUGGUGGGAUGCUAAUUUUUUUCCUAAUGCCAAGAGACAUCACCAUCUCCAGUAAUAGACCAUUUCUUCAGCCAAAGCACAUAGACAUUAAUGUCACAGCCAAGUUUGCUAAUUUUACUGUUACUGUGAGUAUGUUUCUUAGUAAAUAUUGAUAGUGUGAGGCUUUGUUUUUAAUUGGACAAAGCUGAGCAGGCUGUUUUAAUAAUAUGUUUAGCACAUUUUGAUUUUAAAUAAAAAGGAUAUAGGGUAGAGAGAAAUUUUGUAGCUGUACCUAAAAUCUGCUCAUGUUUUGUUUUGUUUUAAAAUAUUAACCAAUUGACCCUUUAAAAAAAACAUGUAAAGGAUAAUUUUUCUCAUCCCCUCAAAUAAGUAGUGAUGUAGUGCUUACAUAACCCCAAAUAGUUACAUUAAAUUUACUAUAGCAGUUUUGUAUUUUUGGACAUUGUAUUUGAUCUAACUUUAAAAUCAAUGUCAGGGGCUAGCAUUUUUUAAACUUUGUUGUUUUGAUGUUUUUUUCAGUCUGUGAAAUUCAAUAUGACUAACCAAUGCAACAUUCUAUCAUUUCUACCACAGAACCUUUACAAUGUGUCAAAUAACAACUUUUAUCCUGUGAAGAUAUCUGGUGUCUCCAUGAAGUCUCUCUAUGGCAAUGCUGUUAUAGCUCAGUCUUCUGCAUAUAAAACAGAUCCACUGGAGAUAUCAGCCAGAUCUGAGAAUCUGUUGUCUGUUCCCAUGGAUUUUAUACUUAGUGGGGAACAUGGCAGUCUUGUGUAUGUAUUGUGGCUGUGCUUGGGGGUAUUGUGUCUGAUUUACUCUUAUUUCAUUAAGCCUCAGUAGUCCUGAAGGGAGAUAUUUAAAUUUCUUUAUUUAUUUUACUAUCUCUUUUUACGCCUUAAAAAUGAGAGCCAAAUAAGUGUGAUUCUAGUCUUAUUUUUCUAUGUCUCUUAUUAAUCUUUAUUGCAGUUCAACCCCCUUCAAAUAAGUUAUUUUUUUUAAGAAACCAUGGAUUUUUUUUCUAAAAAAGAAUGGAAACAAAUGCUUAAGUUUCUGAGAGAAAAAAAGAACUAAAUUUUAACUGAAGAGUUUAUCCAUAGUGUAUUUUAUAAAAUAUGUUUUAACAAAGUUAAUACUUUUAUUUUAUUUUAGGUCUCAUUGUAUAAGCAACUGGUCAUGGAUUCAUAACCUUCCUAUACUCUUUGAGUAAGUUGUAUGAAUGAUUAUAGUUAAGAUAUUAUCAUCUUUGUUGUAUUGGAUUCCAUUUGAAAUUUGAUGAAUGCAUUGCGAAAGCCACAGAAGCCAUUCAUAAUAGAAUUUUUUUUUACGUUUUCAGAGUAACUGCCAACUACACCUAUAUGGGUCACUCAGAGCAAGCAACCCUGACGACAUUCCAGACAGUCAGCUGCCAUCCAGAGCCAGGCCCACCUGCACCUACGCUGCAACCACCGACUACCACUUCAACAACCCCUGCACCAUUAACUACCACUGUACCAACAACUACCCCUGAACUGACAACAUCUACUACUACAACAACAACGUCUACUUCAACAACUUCUACAUAUUCAACAAGUGUCCCAAAAGCUACAUGAAAUUUGAACAAACUUCACACCUUGACUAAUAAUACAUUACAUAAAGCAUAAUUUAAUAGUUACCCGGUAUUCCAUGGAAUCUAUGAGAUUAAUAUUAGAAAUUGGUCAGUAUUUACAGAAAAUGCCGGAUCUGUUCAGACAUUGAUGAAUAAAUUUGGUAUAAAUUCAUUUUGAAUGAAACAGUGUGGAUGUCGGUAUGGUAAGGUCUUGUAAUAUUGUUUCAUUGUCAUUACUAAUGUCUUUCAUGUGAUUUACACUGAAAUUUGUUUACUUGCUGUGCAUGGAAUCAGACUUUACACUUUAUCUAUUGCGACAGGUAUUUUGAAAUGAAAAAUUGUAGCUGGUUCUUGCUAGUCGAAAUUACUAGCGGUGUUUAUUUAGAUCCUUAUGGGGCAUGUGGUCUUGAAAAAUUCUAGCUUCCAUUCUAAUGUUGCAGUGGUCUUACAGGAUUCUGAUCCAUUGACCAGGGUCCUCAUAACUUUUUAUUCAGGGGACAUGUUUAUUGUCUCUAAGACACUUUUGGGGAUGGACUUCAGUUUGAAAAUAUGAAAGAAUUCCUAUGCACAUUACGCAUAUCAUAUUUGUAGUGCAAAAAAUAAUAUGAAAAUACAUCAUUUAAAAUCAAGAAGUAUGGGCCUGCUUUAGGCUAAGGAGAUGGUCAAUGUCUGUUAACAUAUUUGUUACUGGUAACCGUACAGUAGCCAGGCAGGCUGGGUUGAGGACCUCUGGUAGGCCGGAUCUGGCCUCAGGCCAUAAUUUGAGAACCUCCUGCUCAAGACUUUACUUAAAAAACAUAUUGUCUUAAUGUCAACAUUCAGAUUGCUUAAUCUCCCUUUGUUGUAUAUUGGGGAAAAUUAAGAAUACCUGGUAAUGAAGAGUGAAGCAGCUAUUCUCAAAUAUUCCCAUCUGCUCUGUAACAGUAAGAGCAGUAUUAAAUCAGUCUUCAUACUCAGCAAGUUAAUCUGUUCAUUUCAUGUGUAUAAAUGAAAUAAUAUAUAUUUAUAUGUGCUCUUUUAUUGUACUUUCUCAUACAUGCCAACCUCUACGAGUCAUAACCUUGUGCAAAGACCUUUUAGACAAAAAUCAAAAGCUUAAAUAAUUACAAUUAAUUACUUUAUUAGUAUUUUUAAUCAGUUCUCUUUGUAUCUGUGUUUGCAUACAUCCAAUCUUUGGUGGAGCUUUUCUGAUGUAUGGAAUUGUUUUGAUGCCAAACAAGUGUCUGUGUUAAAUUUUACACAAAAAAAAAUCUGACUAUGUCAACAUUGAUUUUAGUAUUUACUCUGUUUGUAUUUAACUGUAGGAUCGAUAAUGAUAUCUGGCAGUCAGUCUUGCUGAGGUCAAAUCACUUUCAUGUCUCUGUGCUGACUUUUGAAGUCUUGUUAAUUCCUAGGAAUUCUGUCAUGAGGAACUUCUGAUCCUGGUUGACUGAAUCUAAUAUUUAUUUUGAAAAUUAGUUUGACCAUUUAAAUGAGAGCUCUCCAGCUGGAAAUAGAAAUAAGAAUUUUAAAAAAAAUGGUGUUUAAAAUCCCAUACUGAUGUCAACCAUAAUAAUUUAUACAAUGGCGCAAAUAAAAUAAAAUAAAAUAUAGAUGAUCAAACAUGCCUAGUUAAAGGACAUAGUAUUUAAAUUUUAUGAAGCUGUAAUUAGCUUACAAUAAUGCUAGUGUUAACAGAAUAAAUAUACUUAAAAUAUUUAAUAGAAAUUUAAAAAGAUUACUGUAUUUGUUCUAUGAUUCCCAAAAAAGCCAUAUACCGGUACAUAGAUAACACCUAGUGGCCAUUAAUGCUUAAACCAAUUGACUUUUUUUGAGGCCCCCAUUGCUUAUCCUGCACGCAGUCAGGUCAUUAUAUAAAAUGGAUGCUGUGAAGGGAAAAGUAAUUAUUUAAACUUAAAUUCAUUAAAAUUCAACUUUUUGCAUUAAAGUAAUCAAAAAUUAAUUUCGGUCAUGACUUUUCAGCUAAUAUUAGUGUUAAUGCAUCAACAAUGACAGUAAAUAUUUAAGCCUCAUAUUUGUGUUAAUUUGAACACUUUGAACAUGACACCUUGGCCAUGCUAAAAUCCCCUGUAAGAAGGGACAAAGGUCUCUUUGAAUUGAACAGUAGGCUCUUGGCUUUCUUUUGACCAAUAAUAAAGUACCUUUAAAAUGUAAAUAAAGGUUUUACACCACCAUUUUGAAUAUGUGCAAUUUUUUUAAUCAUUUUGUUAAAUACCAUGGAAAACCAGGUACAAAAUAUACUCAUUGGACAGUGCAGAAACCAUAUCACUUGGCAUGUAUGAUUUUCUUUCAUUGAAAUUAAUAAUAUUUUAUAAUAUGUAUUAUUAUUUUAAAAUUCAUUUCUUUGAAUGUGUUGAAUUAUUUCACUCAA